UGCUAUCAGAAACAAUGAGGCAUUGAAGUACUCGUCUGUUUGGAUAUCACAAAAUUCAAAAUUCGUUCGAGUUCGAGUCGCAGUCGGAAGUAUGCCCAAGCCAAAGAAAAAGGUCAAGGAGGUGGACUGGACCGCCGAUGAGAACUUUAGCAAGGAGCGUUCGAUAAUCUACGUUGAGCACACCACCGAGUGCCCCAUCUUCCAGAUAAAGGCCGAGGAGUGUGGCGUCUUCUUCCAGCAGCGCAUCCCAGAGCGCCAGUUCCAGAUGGUGAGGAACAAGCAAGGCAAGCAGGUGCCCCGCGAAGGUGCAUUCGAGAUUGGCUUCUCCCAGAAUGCUCGCACCUCCGUCCACGAGCUGUGGUCGGGCCUGACGAGGGGUCCACCCCGACGUGACAAGUUCCCCAACGAUUUUGAGCUGCUGGUGCCGGAUGUGCAGCGAAUUCUGAAGAAGUUCUACCCUGACAAGGCGGUGGGCAUCACCGACGAUGAGGAGGACCAGAACGACUACUAGCAUAACGACAGAAUUUAGCAUAAGAAAGCGCUAAUGCGGCUUAUUGUCAACGUCAAUGGUGAAGAUGAGCCAUCAGGCAACACCUGUUGGGGCCUACACCUCCACCGAAUCUCUCGACGUCACUCGCCGCCAAACAAAAAUAUACAAACGAUUAGCGUGGCUCUUUCAUCUGUUAUUCGGGUAUGGGUACCGCUUAUUGGUCUCAUUGUUGUGCUGCUGCGGGCUGCGGCUGCUGACUGACGUCCUGACACCGCCAUGUGACAGCAGCUCUUUUCAGAAGCUAAAUGCUUAAAUCGACAAAAGAUAAUUAACCCAACACACAAAGCUCUCUCGCACACCCACACACAACCGGCAUUAUGCUUCGCACUAUCCUCGGGGGACACCCCAGCGACGUCCCAUUGUCUGGCAGGCCGACACCACCAAAGCAAAGCAAUAGCAAUCCCCCACGACCGAACGAACAGUCAGUCGCUGCUGGCAAAACAAACAAACAAAACCCAAAUGCAAUUUCGAAACACAAAAUCAACGGAAUAAAAAACGAUGUAGCAGCAGCAACAAUGAAAACUAUUCGAUUGGA